UAAUUGAAGGGGUGUCAUAUUUUGAGGGACAACUUUGGAACUUAAUCUAUAGUAUAAUAGAGACAAAAUCUGACAAUAUUUGAUCCACGAAAGUGUCCUAUUUUCAUCUCAAAGAAAACGUAUGCACAUAGAAAUGCAUGAAAGUGAAUUAAAUGAAAAAUAAAUGGAGUGGACUUCUAAGUAUUACGACCUCGGUGUGUCUCUCCGCAUACUUGGGAUUCCUACGUACGUGAGUGUGUGAUCAAACUGCACCAUUGACCCGCCCACGUCUAGUGUGAAAUUGUACCUCAGUCAUAAAAUUGGAUUAAAAUGUCGGGAAAAGUUGAAGACCAAGCAUUUGUGACCCUCGUCACCAAUGACAGAUAUGCGUAUGGCGCCCUCGUCGUUGGACAGUCACUGCGGGAUGUGGGAACCACACGUCAGCUUGCCAUUCUGAUCACUCCAGAAGUCACACAGCCGAUGAGGAGGCAACUCUCCAUGCUCUAUGACUACAUACAGGAAGUGAACCCUCUAGACAGUCAGGAUGACGCUCACCUUGCUCUCCUAACCAGGCCUGAUCUAGGAAUCACAUUCACCAAGCUCUACUCCUGGCGGCUCACCCGGUACUCUAAGUGUGUCUUCCUAGAUGCAGAUACAUUGGUGCUUCAAAAUGUAGAUGACCUAUUUGAUCGGGAAGAACUUUCAGCAGCUCCUGACGUCGGUUGGCCGGAUUGCUUCAACUCAGGGGUAUUUGUGUUCAAACCAUCGAACGAGACAUAUAGAGGCUUGUUGCAGUGUGCAGUUACUCAGGGAAGCUUUGAUGGCGGAGAUCAGGGUUUACUAAACACAUUCUUCAGCGACUGGGCAACAGCCGAUAUCAACAAGCAUUUGCCAUUCGUCUAUAACAUGACAUCUGCAAUCAGCUACUCCUACCUUCCUGCAUUUGUAAGAUUUGGCAACGAAGUCCGGAUUGUACAUUUCAUCGGUCGCACAAAGCCGUGGAUGUACAGAUACAACACGCACACCGGCACUAUCACAAGACCAUCAGACGUCGAUGUCACCCACGACUCCAUUUACGUCAAAAUAUGGUGGGAUGUUUUCAUGUCGAAGGUCAAACCAAGAGUUGAACAAGAACAGGGUACAACUCUCCAAGAUUACAAAUCAGACACACUGCCCUCUUUAGUCCAUCGCCAUCACAGCGAUGACUCAUUGUCUCAUGACUCGUCCAUCUCCGACCACCGCCAUCUUGACCAUCCCACUCCAGAACAAACUGUUCGCUCUCAUGAUGGGUACACCACUGCCCCCCAUCAGUACCAAAUGGGAGAGGGAGGGGUGCAGCAUAGUCCCCCUCCCUGUGCACACGUUCAUUCAAUCGUACCCCAAGAAAGGACACCAGUGCCCGAUGUGGCUUCUAACACUUCACAGUCUUCUGUAAGUGGGACUGAAGGCAGGACUAACCAAGCGCAAGGCCAAGAUGAAGUUAUGACAGCGCCCCCUGUUGUUGACACCAGGCCACAGGGUCAGAGUCAGACACAGUCAGUGCAUUGUAAUGUACCAGAUGAUAACACUGGAAUAGAUCUUGCAAAUGUAUUUGGUGACCUGAGCCUCGAGGGCGACGCUGGCCACCCGGGAGGUCCUCCCUCCCCAAGAGCCGAUCAGCACGCCUGGGAGCGGGGACAGAUCGACUACAGGGGCAACGACAGCUUCGACAACAUCAUGGGCCGAAUCAGCGAGGUCAUGAGUGACCCUGCCGUAGCAGCCGCAGUGGUUGAUAGCAACAGUAUUACGCCAGUCAAUAUGGGAAGCGCGGCUGCAGAAAACAACGCAACAAAAAGUUAAAGAGAUCCUAAAAUUGAACCUUUCAUGUUAGGAUUUUUUUUUAUCAUUUGAGCUAAAUCUAUAGUCGGUGCAAUAACUAGUCACUGAUUUUAUGCUAGUUGCAGCAUUCUUACUGACUAAGCUCUAUUUGCUGCCUAGUCACUGAUAGGAAUAAUCAAUGGUUUAGUGAUGUAGUCGCUGAUUGAAAUAGUGAGUCAAGACUAUGAAUUAGUGACAAGUCAUAUUGCUGCACCAAUGAGUAGUCAUAUACUUGGUAACUAGUCAUUGGUGAGUAACUAACUAGUCAUUUCUGGUAAUUGCAACAUUGACUCAUGACUGGCUAUUGAAUCGUCUCUGAUUGCAAUGGUGCUGAUAAAGCCAACGACAACUUCGACAAGUGACCAGUCAGUGACUUGCAGCUCAUUUAUAACUAAUUAAAAUUGCAGAAAUGACAAAUUUCUAUUGAUAUGUUGAUAAUUACAGAGGUGUCUUAUAAUCUAAUGUCACUGAAUCAAGCUCAUGGUUAUUAUUUUUGCUGCCACUGUUAGGUCAUAGUCUGCAAGCACAGACUCAGAUUUGAAUUUUUAAACAAAUUAUAACAUGUCUGGGGUAAAAACUAGACUCCAAAUUCUCUGCCUGUGUCAAAGAAGCAGCCACAUAACAUGAGAGAAUGCAGUCUCACUACUUCAGACUCCCCUUUGUGCACUGCUAUGCAUUAUGUGAAAGCCAAGGUCUGCAUCUGGAGACCAGCUGAAUAAAUUUCAACUUUGAUAUUUUAGGUGUGGAGGAGCACCUUCAUAAUCCUCCAUGCAUUCAUUGAUGGGAAAACAUCAUUUCCACUGAAAAACAUGUGCUUGCAUAGCAACUUAGAAAAGCAUGUCAUCUUUAGAUGUAAAAAAUAUAACCGUCUGAUACAAGACAGCAGCAGUAAUGUAGGCUUAGGAUUGAGUCAAAAAGUUUAACCACCAUCUGAACUGUUAAAAGCAUUAUAAACAUAAAAAUAACUAUAUUUCUAUUGAGCACAUAUCCACUACACAGAAUGCUUUAAUAGGACGCCUGACAAUUCAAUAUAAUUUCAAAAUCUGAACCAAAAUAUAGAUAACGCGCUCAGUGCGCUAUCUGACCUACUUUUCCUGAAGCUACGCGAUUAGCGGAACACGCAUUUGUACCUGCGGCCUUGCCUGUGUCCGAGAGAUUGCACGAUCUGUGUCAAUGAUCUGUGACGUCAAUGAUGGAAUAGUGCUCUAUUCCAUCAUUGACGUCGCGGAAUAGUCAUUUUUCUUCCGUGGGCGUUUCACUUUCAACAUCAUCGCAAAAUAGUGAGAAUAUGUUUGAUCACAUGAUGCUCUUAUUUAUGUAGGAUAUAAUAAGUUAUAUCUGAAUAAAAAUGAGAUUGUAAUUUUUAUGAUAAUAGAACUAGUCAUUAGUACCAGUGAUUAGUAUCAGUCAUUAGCAAAAAAUAAAUAACUGGUCAUGUGAUAGAUUUCAGCCAAUCAUAUGAUUAGGAUCCAUGUCACCAUUUUAUGAUAAAUCACAUGUUACUUCACCACACUUUACUUUUUACUUCUGCAAAGUUGAAGGGUUGCGUUCAGAUGUGUCCUGAUGCUAACGUUUGCAUGACGAUUCUGUUGAGAGUUAUGUUAUGAACUUGUCUUCCUCUUGAUUUACAUGUAUUCCGAAGACAGCAACUUGAAUGUCUGCUUGUUUUGUACAAAUGAAUGCAUUUUACGAGCACAAUUUUCUGAACCUUGUAUUUUGGUGAACAUAUAUUCUUGUUAUUGCAUGGAAAAAAAAGUAAUCAUGUAUAUUUUGAUGUUAAAAUGUUAUCACUCUUAUGUAUAUGCUGUUAAGAGUGAGGUUACAAUUUGAACAGUGACUUAAAAAGUAUAUUUACUCAGCCAUUGAUACCCGUUGGCUUAAAAAAAGAGAAGAAAAAUGUAUGUAACUGUAUCAGAUAUAAACGCCUUGUGCCAUAUUUGGAGAGUAUAUUUGAUGGAAAAAGGAGAUAUCAGAGAUUUCUGUGUAUAUUUAUUUUGAAAAAAGGACAAAUGAAUAUACUGAUUAUCAUUUUGUGUGAGAUUUUGUGAAUUAGCUUCACAUGGGGAAGCCAUAAAACUAUGAGCAUUGUUCUCCUUUUUUUUUGCAAAAAAAAGAGAAUAAGUGCAUGUACAUAUAAAUCAUGAUUUUGAUAGUUUAGAACAACACACUGCACAAUAAAAUGUUUGUUGGAAAGAAAUAGUACUCUGCUGUUACUUGCUGAAAAACUUCCGACCCCAAAGAAGAAGAAAAAUUGUUAUGCACUUGUGCUACAUGUACAUUGUUCUUAGUCUUUUCAAGAGCUGAAUCAUGAAAAUUAGUACAUGUAAUUAGAUCACUUGUGGAAUUGUGUCUUGCUACUCUGCAGAGUUCAAAGGGGAAACUCUUGUAGAAAAGAAUGAAAACAAAAAUUCUGAGUAUUAAUGUUCUCAUCAUGUUCUGAAGACUAUUUUCGUAAAAUGGUUUACUGCAAGGACGGCCAAACCAGUGAAAAGAAAAAUAGGGGGGGGGGAUAAGGGUGAUUAGCUCCUGAAACUUAUGAAAUAGCCAUGGUAAAUGAAAAGAGAGCAACAGUUGAAUAAUAUUUCUGGCCAUAGGCCAUAGUGCAUUCAAAUCUAUGAACACAAUAUAUAAACUUCUAAGCAGCCCUCGCUAGAGGAAUUUUAGCUUGUACACUGGCCAAGACUGCUAAUAAGUUUGUGUCAAACAUUAGGGUAUAGUCUUAUCCUUGCAUUUUUGUGUUUAGUGCACAUGACUUUCAUCAGAUCUGAGUUAACUUAUCAUUUUGGUGAUUCCCAAUUUUACAGCAUACACCAAUUCCUUGGUGCAUGAUCAUCAACAUUAUUCAAUCUUUUUGAGGCACUUUCUUCCUCAGUUCGAUCUCAUGACCAGAAGUGCGACCCAUAUCAUAAAGAACCUACAAUUGUGACUUUGCCAGAACAGCAACUACCACGAUAACAGGGCUGAGCAGCUAAUUAUAAUGGAGGUUUAGAUAAUAGUUACCAUACUUGUAAGUCCUAAAUGAAAUAUGGCCCCUGACAUGUAUUCUAUAAGAAAUAACUAUUCCUUUAUCUGAAUGCAAUGUUGGACAUCUUCUUUGGGUAUGAAAGUCUGUUUAACAUCUUUGUCCCCCUCCAACAGCAUUAUUCACUUGUAUUUUCUGGUAUUUCAAAUUUGUGUCAAGUUUCAUUAAGCAAAUUUUCAACAGUGUCUGUCCUAUGCCUUUUAGCAUGAAUCUCUCCAUAAAGGCACUAUGUUCUGCAUUCCCCAUUAUUUAUUUAUUUUUUUUUUUGUCUAUGGUAAACUCUGAAGAUUGGUGAUGACAUGCCAGUUUGCGGGAUCGCUGCGCAAAAUACGUGACUCCGACUCUUAAACCUUAGAGUCACUGAACAAGUUUCUUGCCUGGUUUCAUGCAGCUCAAAGAAGAGAGUGGACAUUGUAAAUAAAAAAAAAGAACUUUAGAUUUAAGAUUUUGAGCCGUGGCGUACGAGAUUCAGAUGACUAUGUAUCAACCUGGUCCCUUUACACAGUGAUCACCAAGUGUCCUGAGAGACCAAAAUCAGUGACAAAAAAUGACAUUUUAAAUAUUUAUUGAAAUCCUUAACAGUCUCAUGUGAUUCCUAAGAUAUUGCUUUGUCAAGCUGUCAAUAUAUGUACUCAAUCACAUACCGGUAGUUAUUUUAACCCCUCCAAAAUAGCCUUUAAAUGGAUUCAGCUCAAAAUUUUAGACAUCUGAUCCGGUCUUCUUGGUAUGGUUGUGAAAAUGGAGACUAUUCAAGCAAGACAUGGGGAACGGAACGUUUCAUCAAUUUUUUGUGAGAUUAGUUGUUUCGACUGGCUGAGAGGCACUGUUACUAUGGUAAUUGUCCUCCGAUAAAACAGAAGUUGUGGAAUCUGAUAAGACCUUUCAUGAAACAUUCUCCUGAUGUAAAAGAAAAGGUCAUGGCUAAGAGGUUUGUAAUAUUAUUGUGAGUCGUAUUUUGUCUCUCUUCAAGGCGCGUUUCGAUCAAGGACCCAGAGACCAUCCCACAAUAAUUUCAAAGAAAUGCUUUAUUACCCCAAAAUACAUUUUUGAAAAUAAAGGAACAAAGAAAAUUAUCCAAUCAUAUUUAUUUUUCUUGUUUUGUGAUACAUAGGACAAGUUAUAGACGGUGUAUAAUCUUUUGUUACCAUUCCCAUGGUAAUGUAAUAUUUAUGUAAUUAACUUAUUGACUACUGAAUUCUGUAUUCCUCAUAGGCUUUGUACAGACGGCAUCUGGUGUCAGUAGACAGUGAGUUAAAUAGAGUUUUACCAAGACUCUAGCAUCUCUUUUUUCUCGAUAUACCAACUCAACUUUAUCAUGUGGUGAUUUUCAAAUUCAGUGCUCUUAUUUUGAUCUCAUUUUCAGGUGUGUGUGUUAAUGACAAAUGUAUACAAUUUUGAUUUUUUUUUUUAUAAAUAUGAAUAUAAGAUGGCUGAGGGGUGUUGUGUGUAAGUUAUGGAAGUACUUUUUUCUGUUUCUCUCUCUCAGGGCAGAUAUUGGGGUAUGAAAAUGUCAGAGAUCGAGAGGAAAGCUAUUUUUUUUUUGUUUUCUAUACCCAUAAAGGGUACCAAUAUUGUCGUCACAAAUAAUUUUUUUUUUCUGAAGUGACAUAAAAAAAAGCAAAUGUUCUGUAAUGCGUGCUAAUACAGGUAUGUUAAAAAAUAAGAAAAUACUAGUCUCUAUUGAAACAAAAAUACUUUUCUGUUAAAAGAAAAAGAAAUGUUCUUCAGGAAUGCCAUUAGAAUACAAUAAUGUGCACCGCAAAUGUAGCUGUCUAUCAGAGGCAAAUAAUUUAAUCUGCAUGAGAGAAGAACAUAUUGCAUGAUAUAAAAAAUGAGGUAUUUUUCAUUUGUUUUGAAGGAAAAAUGAUUUUACAUGGCAGUUUCAAAUCUUGAAUCAAACA